GACGACGAAGCCGAACCCGAACCCUCACCUCCACCGAUCAACGCCAUCAACAAUCUCCCACAAAUUUCAAGCCCUAAGAAACCCGACCCGCUUCCUCCGCCCCCUCUGGACCUCCUGAAACCCUCAAAUUCUCGAGAUUUGUAUGAUAUUGAGCAAGGAGUCCGCAUCAGGGGCUUUCCUCAUGUUGAAGGCAACUUUGCUCUUCAUGUAUUCAUUCCAGUUCGUAUACCAUCUACAGCAAGAAAACUGCUUGCCAGUUAUGUGAAAAAAGUUGCGUCUGCUGUAUCUGGCCUGUAUGUAGUUGAUGUUGAUUUUGCACUGAAUGAAUUGUGCAAAGAUGAUCAAAAGCUUGAACAAAUGCUCCUAGGAAGAGAAUUCCAUAUUAGUUUGGGUAGAACUGUUCCAAUUCAGGCACAUCAGAUAAACUCCAUUGUGGCAAUGCUUCAACAAAAGUUCCAAUCACAAAGGAGAUACCAGAUAGAUUUUAAUAAAUGGGAUGUCUUUGUCAAUGACGACCAAACACGUUCCUUCAUCUCGCUGGAAGUUACUGGAGAAGGACUAGCAGAGAUAAGUAGGCAGAUUCGGGUUGUCGAUGAGAUAUAUAGACUGCAUGGUCUUCCAGAGUUUUAUAAGAAUCCACGUCCCCAUAUAUCAUUAGUAUGGGCACCAGGGCAUAUCAGUGUCGGGCUCAAGAAGGUAGUUGCGGAGCUGGAUAGAGUCCCCAAUCGCCCAAGCACUUCCCGAAAGAAUUUGUUUUCGUGCAGGUUUAGCGCGGUUGAAUGUAGGAUAGGAAAAAAGCUGUACAGCAUAUGUAAACUCCGUGAUCAAUAGAUGAGGACCAAUUUAUGAACAUGGCUUGAAUAUAUUAUCCUUUCUCCUCGCCUUGCAAUUAUACAGUUCAUUUGUGAAGUGAUGGUUUUACUGGUGGGUUUCUUUGAUGUCACAGAGAUUUUGUUCCUUUGAUCUGAUUUUU